UAUUUGUUAUUUCUGUUUCUCCCUCCCUCUCCCUUAUUUUUGUUAUCAAAGAAUUGCUGAGUCUCCACCUUCAUAGAAGAAGAAAGAAUCUUAAAUAUCGUUCUUCUUUUUGAUCUAAAAUUAUUUUUAUAUCGAGAUUUCUCUGUAAUUUUCCGGGAAAAUCUGGGAAAGCAAUUUCAAUCAUUUUCAAUGACAUUAGGGUUUUGCCGCCUUUAACAAUGAAAAAAGAGAGAGUGGUAAUAUGUGUUUCUUGGCGUGCAAGUUAGGUCUGCAGCGGCAACUUGAAGAGAAGCCAUCAAUGAAGGGCCUUUUGAAAGGCUUGAGAUACAUCGCUCGUAUCUUCGAAAAUGAGAAAGAGCCAGAAAUGCAGAUCGGGAAACCUACCGAUGUGAAACACGUCGCUCAUAUUGGAUGGGAAGGGCCCUCUUCCACCACCCCAAGCUGGAUGAACGAGUUUAAGGCUCCAGAGCUGAUGUCAGGUUCGACCAGAAAACCCGGAAACCAAACCGAGAGACAGAAGAAGGGACGGCGUAAACUGUCAACAGGCACAAGCAACUCGCCCGUGGAUUCUCCAUCGAGGGUCGGGCCGACAAAGCAAUCAAAGCGCAACAAUGGAGGAAAACAUCGAGAUCAGAGCACAGGUUCGGGCUCAGGCCUAGACUUACCUUCUCAAACCGAACAUUCUACAGCCUCAAAGCAUACCACACAAAAGAAGUCAAAGGGGUCAUCGGGUCGGGGAAGCGAAGCCGUGCCUGUCGAACGUGCAAGAACAGCACAUGAAAAAGAUAUUCCAGUGAGGGGUGUUUGCCCUUUCACGGGUCUCGGCACUUCGACAGGACGAUAAAAAAAGACGAAAGAACACGAGGUUUAACCUUUUAGACCAUUAGGGAGUCUUCUGGAGUGACACUGCAAUUCUUUGCCCGCUUCUCAUGAUGUAAACUCUUGCUUUUGCAUAUACUGAUAAUGCCGCCACAUCGACAUCUUCAUGGCAUGAGGAGAGACCACUCUGCUGAAUGUUGAGCCAUAACAACAAAAACAUGCUCCCUUACCUGCUGUAUAGUCGGUUCAUUCUAAGAUUUCUCGAGCUCGGGCAUGCUUUUGUAACGAGUUUCUUGGGAUUUGGUUGUCGAAAAAUAUAAGUCGGGCUCGAUAUAUGCAAAAUAUUGUUCUUUUCAA